GUCAAAAAGUGUGCAAAAAAAAAAAGUUGUAAAGUGAUUUUCUAAGUAUUUCCUAACUUUAUUUUUCAAAAUGUGUAUGAAAAUUAAAUUUAAAAAGAUUUUUACAUGUCGGAGAAUAGAGAGUUAAAAUUUAACGAAAAUGCUUCUUGGGAGAGAGAGAUUUGUCUAUGUUUCUAGUGCCUUUCUUGUCUUGAUUGUAUGGUUAGUAGGCAGUCUUAAAUGUUUUUAUUUAAAAUAAAGUAUUCCAUGAAAGCAGAAUUAUAUAUACUGUAAUUACUAAUUUUUGCAUUUAUAGCUAAAUUAAACUGGAAAUUUGCUUAUAAUGUUGAAAUUGCCAUGUCUAGGGAAAAACCAAAUAAAAAGGGUCAGAUCUUGUUCACACAUUGUGGGCAGAUCAUACUAAAUAUAUCACUUUAUUGUCUACUUGGUAGCUGUAUUUUAAAAAGAAAACAGCCAUGAAUUCCUGUUUUUAAGAAUUUUACAAAUGAUCACUGAGUGAACUAGGAGUGGUUUCUCCAUCCCGUAUUGAGAUGUUGUUGAAAAACAACAAAGAUAUUCUAUUUCUUUAAAAUAUUUGUGCAGAAACUGCAUGUAAUUAUAAGUUUCACUCCUACCAUACAUACUGUAUGUCUGGGGAAGUAUUCUAUCCUAAUCUUGCCAAUGUGCAGAACAAAAUAGUUUUUUUAAGAAUGAUGAAGAGAAAAUAUAUAUAUAAAUAUAUAUAUAUAUAUCCAUUCUGUAUUUUACGUGAAGCAGAGUUAUCUUCUGUAGGGUUUUUGUGUAUUCACAAGGUGAUAUUUGUAUUGUAAAACAACAAUGGUGAAGGAAAAUAAAAAGGCUUUUGAAAAAUGUAGUUUCCUUUAUCUUCUUAAUAUUAAUUUUAAAUUUAAAGUUGGGUUUAUUCUUCUUAACUUUGCCUUUAAUUUUACAUGUUAUUGCACUGUAGGCCAUCAAAUUUGGACUGUAUGGAAACUGCAUUGAUUUUGAAUUGCUGUUCACCUUUGGCAAAUCAGUGCCUUAUCUGAAGUAAAUGCUAUGCAAUAGAUUCUGAACGUUUGGGAGCUGGGAGCAGAUCUGAGAAGCCUUCCUUGGAACCAUCACCAGGGCUUGAAAAAUCUACCCCAAAACUGCUGGGAUGGAGCACAUUGCAGGGUAAACACCCAUAACCCCAGGAGCUACCAAUCUUGUUGCUUUAACUGAAAAAAAAAAAAAGUCAAAUUUAUAGCCUGACUCACGGGAUUGUAACAGCAAUAAUUUUCAAGCUGGACCUUUCAACUUGAAGCAGAUUUCAAGCAAGGAGAUGUUUCUCUAACCCCUGGGACUGGCAAGGGACAUCAGGUAUAAGCAGAACUGGAUGUACUGAAGCCUCACGGCAUCCAGAAUAUAGAAAGAGAACCCCUAAUAAGCUGCACUGCAAGGGCUCCCUGCCAUGUGUGGAAAGAGGCACAAGUGCUCCUUCUCCCGCCUGGAGGUGGUCCUCAUCGUUUUCCUGGUGCUGAUGACAGCAGUGACUGUGGUACUCCUCAUCCUCCACUUUCUCACCCAAGAGAACAGCUCCAGCAAUGGUUAUGACGACCCACCAUCAAAUGGUGUCUCAGGAGACUACUUAUUGGGUGCAGGUCGAGCAGAUUGCACAGGGCCAGUAGCAGAAAUUCCUCUGAUGGGUUACGCCAAUCCUGACCAGGUGGGCGGCGGGCUCCUCACACGCCUCUACAGCCGAGCCUUCAUCGUGGCAGAGCCCAACAGCUCCAAGCGAGUUGUGUUUGUUAGCAUCGACAUAGGAAUGGUGUCUCAGCGACUGAGGCUGGAGGUGCUCAAGGAACUGAAGACCAAGUAUGGUGAGCUCUACCGACAGGACAACGUCAUCCUCAGUGGCACCCACACGCACUCGGGUCCUGGUGGCUACUUCCAGUACACGCUUUUCUGGAUCACUAGCAAAGGACUGAUCAAACCGUCCCUCGAUGCUAUUGUGAAGGGCAUUGUAAAGAGCAUUGAUAUAGCACAUCAGAACCUGAAAAGAGGAAGGCUUUUUAUAAACAGAGGCACUGUAGAAAACAGUCAGAUCAACCGAAGCCCGUACUCAUAUCUCCAGAAUCCAGCAUCUGAACAAAGCAGGUAUUCAUCCAACACAGAUAAAGAAAUGGUGAUGCUGAAGAUGGUAGAUGAGAAUGGACAUGACCUGGGCCUCAUCAGCUGGUUUGCCGUGCACCCAGUCAGCAUGAACAACACAAACCAUCUUGUGAACAGUGACAACGUGGGCUACGCGUCUCUCUUGUUUGAGCAGGAGAAGAACAAGGGCAUGCUUCCUGGAGAGGGAUCUUUUGUUGCUGCCUUUGCAUCUUCCAACCUGGGAGACGUGUCACCCAACACCAAAGGCCCGUUCUGCGUAAACACAGGGGAAUCAUGUGACAACCCACAGAGCACCUGUCCUGUGGGGGGGGCAGCGAUGUGCAUGGCCAUGGGUCCUGGUACUGAUAUGUUCGACAGUACAAGAAUUAUAGGACAAAAUAUCUACUCAAAAGCAAAGGAGCUGUAUGCCAGUGCUUCCCAGGAGAUCACAGGACCCCUCAGCUCAGCUCACCAGUGGGUGAACAUGAGUGAUGUCCAGGUGGAGCUCAAUGCCACGCACACGGUCAAAACAUGUAAACCAGCCUUGGGAUACAGCUUUGCUGCAGGGACUAUUGAUGGAGUGGGGGCUUUCAACUUCACACAAGGUUCGGUAGAAGGGGACCCAUUUUGGGAUCAAAUCCGUGACCAGCUCCUGGGAGAGCCAUCCAAUGAAACGAAAGCUUGCCACGAACCCAAGCCAGUUCUCUUUAGCACUGGAGAGAUGACGUGGCCUCAUCCAUGGCACCCUGAUAUUGUGGAUGUUCAGAUCGCUACCAUCGGAUCGUUGGCAAUUGUUGCGGUUCCCGGAGAGUUUACGACCAUGUCUGGACGCAGACUACGGGAAGCUGUUAAACGUGAAUUUGAUUCUCAUGGUACAGCAGGAAUGGAUGUCGUAAUUGCAGGGCUGUGCAAUGUCUACACCCAUUACAUUACCACCUAUGAGGAAUACCAGGUUCAACGAUAUGAGGCAGCAUCAACUAUUUAUGGGCCACACACCCUUUCUGCCUACCUUCAGUUGUACAGAGGACUUGCAAGGGCUAUUGCUACGAACACAGUUCAGGAUUUGCCAAGUGGCCCAGAGCCCCCAUUUUUCAAUAUAACUAGCCUGACCUUGGUGCCUGGUGUCAUUCCCGAUAGGACACCGGUGAAUAAGACAUUUGGGGACGUGCUUCAAGAAGUGAGACAACAGUAUCGAGUGGGAGAAGUUGCUGAAGUAACUUUUGUAAGUGCCAACCCUAGGAAUUCUGCAGAGAACAUGACAGAACACAACUUCCUGACGGUGGAGACAUACGUCAGCGUUUCAGGAAAAUGGCAGGUAGUACGGAACGAUGCCUCCUGGGACACCAGGUUUUACUGGACCAAGGGAUCAUUAGGUCAGAGCAAUGCGACGAUUGAAUGGCACAUCCCUAGUGGCACAGAGCCUGGCAUCUACAGGAUACGGUACUUUGGGCACUAUAAGAAAAUACUCAAGCCCAUUAAUCCAUUUGAAGGCAUAUCCUCAAUAUUUGAAAUCACAAGUCUGUAG